GCCUGCCGUAGAGGGGCGUGGCGGCGCAGCCGCGAUCUGCAUGACGCAGUUCACGUGCCGGCAGCUGCGGAUCCUCCUUCUGGACCUACCAUGGCUCAGCCCGGGACUCUGAACCUCAAUAACGAGGUGGUCAAGAUGAGAAAAGAAGUGAAGAGAAUCCGAGUUUUGGUUAUCCGAAAACUUGUCAGGAGUGUUGGCAGACUGAAGUCAAAAAAGGGCAAUGAAGAUGCACUGUUAAAAAACCAAAGACGAGCACAAAGAUUGCUUGAAGAAAUCCAUGCCAUGAAGGAAUUGAAACCUGAUAUAGUAACUAAAUCUGCUCUUAGUGAUGAUAUCAGCUUUGAAAAAAUCUGCAAAAAGCCUGAUUCUACUGCAACUGAAAGAGCAAUAGCCAGACUGGCAAUGCACCCUCUUCUGAAGAAAAAAAUAGAUGUGCUGAAAGCUGCUGUCAAAGCCUUUAAAGAUGCAAGACAAAAUAUUGCUGAAGUUAAGUCAUCAAAGAAUGCUUCAGAAGAAAAUCAUUCCAAGGACACUUUGUGUUCAAAUGAUGAUGCCAGUGAGUUACAGCAUGAAGGAACUAUUAUCAGUGAGCAAAAAGAGAAAGAAGCCAAAAUAUUGGCAAAGAAACCAAUAAAUAAUUCAAAAGAAAAAAUAGUCAAGAAGAAACAUGGACCCAAAGCAGUGGACAUUCCAAAUUCUCCAUCAGAGUCUUCUGAAAAGGAUUCUUUAGUUCUCUCUGAAGCCCAGAAGAUACCUGCUAACCCCAAAAUGAAAACAUUAAGUCAAACGAAGAAAAAGAAAGAGUUUGAUAGCUCACCUAGUAGUAACAGUGAUGGAGAAGAAAUACAUGAAGAAGAGAAGGAGUAUUUUGAUGAUAGCACAGAAGAAAGGUUUUACAAGCAGUCUUCCAUGUCUGAGGAUAGUGAUAGUGGCGAUGACUUCUUCAUUGGGAAAGUCAGACGGAUGCGAAAGAAGGAAAGUAGUUGUCAUUCUUCAGUUAAGGAACAAAAGGUAACCCCAAAAUUGUUUCCUGUAGAAGAUAUACUUGAAACCCAUCAGGAUAUAAAAAAUGACAAAAACAAGCCAAGUACAGAGGCAAGGAAGCUUGAAUCAGUGUUUUUCCAUUCUUUAUCUGGAUCUAAAAGCUCUAGAAGGAAUUAUAGAGAACAGCCUCCGAAAAUCAAAACCCCAGGUUUUCAGCAAAAGGAGCCUCAAAUCAAGAGUCAGUUUAAUAAGAGUGCACAGAGAGGACUUGAAAAUACAAAACAGCGAUCACAGCUGCCUCUUCAUCCUUCGUGGGAAGCAAGCAGGAGGCGAAAAGAACAGCAAGCUAAAAUUGCUGUGUUUCAGGGGAAAAAAAUUACAUUUGAUGAUUGAUUAGUACCGUUUUUGUGAACUUUUCCAUCUAAAAAUUCUUUUUCUUUCCUUUUUUUUUUAACCAGCCCGCUAUUUAAACUUGUAUUUGAAUAAGUCUCUUUGGAAGGGUUAUAGAAAUAAGUUUGUGUUUGUCUUUAUUUUGCUUUCUUAAGUGUGUUCAAGUUAUGUUUAUAUAAGCCUUCCAUAAAUCAAGUACAUUCUUAAAUUGAUUUUUAAUAAUAUUUCCAGACUGUUCUCUUUGUGUCUAAAAGAAUUUUGAGAUUACAGCUAUCUCAGAUUUUCUCAUUUAUGCUUAUCAUGAAGUGUAUUUCAUUGGUUUAACUCUAUGUUUCUUUGCCUUGAAAUAAAUGUCGAGGUAUAUUUAAAAUAAUAAUGGAAAAAUAUGAGGCAAUUGUAGCUAUUUAAAAUAGAACACAUUUGCUAAAAGUUUUUCCUGUUAUCAAAACAAAGAUAGUAACUUUUAUUAUGAGUAUACAGGUAGUAAAUUAUACAAAUAAAUAUUUUUAUUAUAGUUUUAAUUAUUUGUGAUCUUAUACUUUUUGACUGUUUUAAAAUAGUUUCCCAGGAGAGUUUUGGAUUUCUGAAUUAUAUUUCAGUUAUUUAGACAACAUAUAUGUUUAGAUGUAGCAACACAACCAAAAAUUGGUUCUAUAUUUCACUGCAUAUGAAUAUUUCUGUUAAAUCAAGAAUGUGUAACAUCUGUUUACUUGGCCACGUGUUCCUAUAGAAACAUUUUUUGAGGAAUCAUAGUUGGAAUUUAUAAGAACAAAUUCUGAAGGAGGUAUGAUUGAAAGAGCAAUUCCACUGAUAGCUGAGCAGACAAGUUAUGAGAUGAGUCACUGAGGAAGGGACUACUUUAUACUUCAUAGUACUGUUAUUUAAAAGGAAAACACGGGCCGGCCUGGUGGCAUAGCGGUUAAGUUCGCACGCUGCACUUCGGCGGGCCAGAGUUCACAGGUUUGGACCCCAGGCGUGGACUGACGCACUGCUUGUCAAGCCAUGCUGUGGUGGUGUCCCAUAUAAUAAAGUAGAGGAAGAUGGGUGUGGAUGUUAGCUCAGGACUAAUCUUCCUCACAUGAAAAAAAGGGAAAACAGGAUUUUAAAAACCCUUUCAAAUGUUUCACUUUUUGCUAUUCUGGGAGAAAUUUAGUUCUUGGUUAACUAAAUCGUACUAAUUUAGUUCCAUGUUUUCUAUGCAUUGAUGCCGUUAAUGGCAGGGAAAGCCUCUGGUUAGCAGGAAUUCACAAGCUCUGGAGGAUCAUUUCUAUCUUUUUCAGGAGCAUAAGUAUUUAGAUAACUGGAGCAAUGGAAUUCAAGAGAUUAUGCAGAAAAAAUUAUUUUUUCUGUGUUGAAUGCAAAUUUGUUUUUUUAACUUCUUUUUUCUUUUAAAUUUUUAUUAACAAUUUCAAUUAUGUCAAAUUGAAAUUAAUUUCUACUGAAAUUUUAAUUAUGAAAAAUUAUUAAAAGAAAAGGGAAGACUUCUGACAGUAACUGCAGGUUUGGACAAG